AUGGUAGAAAUUUAUCCUCCAGAAUGGCCUAUUAUGGCCAUCUUAACAUCAUUGUUCAUCAUUCUGACAGUAAAACUUUUGUUCAGAAAAAAGAACCCAGUUAAGAAAACCUGUAGAUUGCCUCCAGGAAGAAGAGGGUGGCCACUGGUGGGCGACAGCUUCAACUGGUACAAUGCUGUGGCAAGCUCUCACCCUUCAGGAUUUGUUGAAGAACAAGUCAAGAGAUUUGGGAAGAUUUUUAAGUGCAGUUUGUUUGGUGAAUGGGCUGUGGUUUCUGCAGACCCCGGGUUUAACAGAUUUGUUAUGCAAAAUGAAGGCAGGCUGUUUCAGUCAAGCUAUCCGAAGUCUUUCAGAGAUUUGGUGGGCAAAAACGGGGUCAUCACUGUUCAAGGAGAGCAACACAGGAAGCUUCACAGCAUUGCUUCGAAUAUGAUGCGAUUAGACAAGCUGAAAUUCCAUUUCUUGAAUGAUAUUCAGAUGAUCAUGCUUCAGACUCUGAAGAAUUUCCAGGAUGAUCAGGUUAUUUUUCUCCAGGAUGUUUGCAGAAAGGUUGCUAUUAACUUGAUGGUGAAUCAACUACUGGGCGUUUCGAGUGAAUCCGAAAUCAAUGAGAUGGCUCAGUUAUUUUCUGAUUUUGUUGAUGGCUGUCUUUCUGUUCCUAUAAAUUUUCCAGGAUUCACUUACCAUACUGCCAUGAAGGCAAGGGAGAGAAUUAUAAGCAAGAUAAGGAAGACUAUAGAUGAGCGCAGGCAACAAGGCUCAUCAGAAGCCAGCAAUGGAGUUCUUGGAAGAAUAUUGGAUGAAGAAAAUUUGCCAGAUGAAACCAUAUCAGACUUCGUUAUAAAUCUUCUGUUUGCUGGAAAUGAAACCACUGCUAAAACAAUGCUUUUUGCAGCUUAUUUUAUUACUCAAUCUCCCAAAGCCAUGAAGCAACUUCUGGAGGAACAAGACAGUCUAAAGAGAGACGAACUGCUAACAUGGCAAGAUUACAAAUCAAUGCCUUUUACUCAAUGUGUCAUUGAUGAAACUUUGAGGAUUGGGGGCAUUGCAAUUUGGUUAAUGAGAGAAGCAAAAGAAGAUGUGACAUACCAAGAUUAUGUUAUCCCCAAAGGAUGCUUUGUAGUUCCAUUUCUAUCAGCAGUUCAUUUGGAUGAGAAUAUAUACAAGGAAGCUGUCACAUUCAAUCCUUGGAGAUGGAUGAACCCUGAAAAUGAGCAAAAGAGAAAUUGGAGAAAUAGCCCGUAUUUUUCCCCUUUCGGAGGAGGUGCUAGAUUUUGCCCUGGAGCAGAGUUGGCUCGCCUUCAAAUUGCUCUGUUUCUUCAUUACUUUGUCACUACUUACAGGUGGACUCAAGUUAAGGAAGAUCAAAUGUCAUUUUUUCCAUCAGCAAGAUUGGUGAAUGGCUUCCAAAUUCGCUUGAUAAAAAGACAAGAAACAAAUUAAAUGGGACUGAAAAGAAA